AGACGUCGAAUUUAUUUUUAGCGCCUCGUCCCGAUUUAGCGUCUGACACUGGAUGCCAGCCUAUCUUCCCACAAAUCCCCAAGAAGGUUGCUGCUUCAAAGUACCUCCGCAUCGCCCACAGAACGAAUGGGAUUGCAAGUGCUCCGUUAAACAAGCAAUAUUUUGUGGAAUAAAAGCUGAAUAUAAAGAAAAGAAAAAGAUUACAAGUCUCUAAAAUCAAUGAUGGUUUUCAAGUGCUCGCGAACUCGGGUGCCAUACAAUUAAUGGAAAUAUGGGAACGCAGAAUACUGUGCCACUUCGUGCCAUGAGGACUUGAAUAACUAGCUCUUAUUCGAGAAUAACUGACGAUUUGAAGAAGAUGUUCUGGAGUAUCGUAAAUGCUUGUUUUCGUCUGCUUUUUAAACUUAACCCAACGUUUUUUGAGAGUCAACUAAUGCUUCGAAAUAACUUGCAUCACUUAUAACAAACUUGUGUGAUACUAACGUUAUGCAAAAUAUUUUUCCAUUUAGAGAGCAAUUUUGUAGAGACAUUUUCUGAAACUUUUUUUGCGCAAAAUUACUUUUUCUCUCACGCGUAGUGAUGAUCGUGUGAACAGUUAUCGGAAGUGCGUAGGCAUGUAAUAAUAGAAUACUUAUUUUAAUUCUGAUAAGAAAAUGUUUAUUGUUGAAUUAUUUAUGUCACUGUUAUUGUCGAAACUGUAAACAGUAGUUUAAUAUUAGAGCCAUAGAAAAAUUCAAUAACAAAAAUUUAUCAUAGUGCAGUCACAAACUAGAAGAAUUUAUAAUGGCAUCUGCUUGGAGUCAGCUGGACCAGCUUCUAACUUGCGCUAUCUGCUUGGACAGGUAUCGAAAUCCUAAAUUAUUACCAUGUCAGCACACAUUUUGUAUGGAACCCUGCUUAGAGGGCCUCAUAGACUAUGCGCGUCGACAAAUUAAGUGCCCAGAAUGUCGGGCUGAACAUCGUAUACCCUACCAAGGUAUCCAACAGUUUCCAACAAACGUAACACUUAUGAGGUUCCUCGAACUUCACAGAGAUAUCACUGGUGAAGAACCAGAACCCCCGCCAUCUAUGAUGGAACGCUGUAGCGUUUGCAGUGAAAAAGCCAAUGUCGAAAGAUGCGCUCAUUGUGAAAAGAAAAUAUGCCCCGACUGCAAGGAAGCUCAUAUAGAUAUAUUGCGUAGAGAAAUAAAUAGAAUCAACAAUCAGGUUAGGAGAGGUUUGCACAGAUUGUCAGAGGCACUGACCCAAACAAAAAAGAACGCAGAAAAGUUGCAGUUUAAUUGUAAUCAGGUGAAAGAAGAGAUCGAAGACAUAGUUCGAAGGUAUUCUAAGGACCUUAAAGUCACGGAAGAUAAGCUGAAGCAUGACUUAGAAAUGUACACACAAACAGAGAUGAAAGCGAUAACCAAACUCAAAGAAGAUUUGGAAAUCGAAGUUUCAAAUAUUACGAGCAACUGUGACUUGGUAGACAAAUAUAUUAAAGAUGAUUUCGAAUGGUCCGAUUUAGAACUUUUGGAAUAUAAGCAAAUCUUUCUAAAAAUGCUCGAUUUUCUGCGCACUUUCGACCCAGAUGGUUCUGACUUUUCAAGGAGAAUAAAAUUCCAACCCCGUGCUGAUCCUGAUGUCCUGCAUCGCAACAUUGCAGAUUUCGGUGAAUUAAAAAUUAAUGCACCGAUGAAUCCUAUACCUACGCAGCAGUCUCUCAUGCCGCCAUCAAAUGCACUGAUGAGAAGCCAAAGUGAUCACAGAUUAGCGGCCCAAUUCGCUCGUAGAUGUGACAAUCGUUCUUUUUCGGACAUUAACCAGCGAAUAGAUAGUGAGAGAGACAGUGGGCGACCUACUUCACCAUUACUAGGUCGCGGACGUCGCGAAACGGAUGGUUAUCGCAGGUACAGUGAGAGAUCUCGAGAUUAUGAUUAUCAGGAUCGAGUUUCGAACCGUUAUUCUAGAGAAGAUAAUUCUUUGAGCUCUCGGUGGCGGGAUAGCAAUGCCGAUGAGUAUAGUCACAGAAAUCGAUACCCUCGUGAUUACGAGGAUUGUGAUCCCGAGCCCCAUCAAGGAAGGACUGUAAGAUUUGCCGACGAACAGCAACAAAGGGAGAAAAUUUUUGAUGUUGAUGAUGCCACUAAAGGUCCUUUGAGUGGAGUAGUGCGGCUUUUGGAUUCACCAAAAAUCAUGGAAAGACUUCACCAAAACGAAGUAAAGCAAAAACAAUCGACAUCUGACAAAGAAAAGGUAACUACUCCAUCAGCAAUUACACCUACUGUUGUUGCGCCUGUUGCAGCCCAACCUAAGAGGCAAACAUCUCGACAACAAAGCGAGGAUGAUAUUGAUCGCCAAAAAAAGGCAAAUCAACAAGCUAGUUCUUCGACAACACCAACCGUUUCUCCUCCUGAAACGUCUUCGAAUGUUUUACUAAGAAGGGAAAGUAAUGCGGAAUCUACUCGAGCCACCCCAGCGGAUCAGACUGAAUCCACUCAUGCUCCAGAAACUGUGGGGAAUUCUGAAAGUUCCAGAAGCAGGAGACGUCUAAGCGGUACAACUAGUCUGGACGAGCCAGCCAACGAGUCUUCAAGGAAUUCUUCCAGGCAAGUAUCGAAUACUGAUAUAGAGUUAGAACCAAACGAAAAGGAGGUGGGGAAUAGUAAGGAAUCUGUGGGGCUUCGGGAUGAUAGCACACCUCGUAGGUACACUUACACCCGCCACCAGAGUGACACUCGUUACGAUAGGCCUCUGCCAGAUAAAACUGAGCAAGAGCCCAAACAAGAUGUCAGUCAACGACCGGCAAGUCUUCACAUAAGCAGUAGGCCAUCUACACCGACGAGACGUCUUACUCUGGACGACAUCACUGGUCAAGAAAGGCCGAAUUACACCAGAUUUCGGAACAACGAAGUUUCCAGAACCUCUCCUGAUGGUACCAGAAGCCCCACUUCUCGCUACUCCCCACUCUGCCGCAGGCCUUUUGCUCUACCUACGAUAUCUGCCCUCGAACCAACAAGUAAUGACGACUCCUGUUGUAGUUCUGAUUCUUCCACUAAUUUGUUCUUCUCCUGUAAUAGUAGUCUAGAAGAAAUUUCUGAUGUAUAUAUCCAACUAUCUUCGGGGCAGCGGUACGGUCGUGCGUCGUUGGUCAAGACUUCAUCAUUAGAUACUGGAGACAGCGUUAGAAAACCCUUGGACAAGAAAAUGCCCCCACGAGCAGCGACUCCCGCGCGUCAAGACGACAGCGAUUCUGACGAUGAGGAAGACGAGGAUGAGGCGUACGAAACAGCUCGGGAGACUCCAAAGCCUGUGCAGUCUUCUUUCUUCAGCCGACAGAGAAGGCUGCCGGAACCCGAACCGCGUCUUCUAGAGAUGCACGAAAGCGAAGACGAGGAAGAAUCGGAAUCUGAAGAAGAGAGUGAAGAAGAGAACGAAGAAGAAGAAGACCAAGAGCCAGCUGUUGCUAAUGGAACACAAGUGAAAGACAUCCCGCAAGUGGCUAGUAAUGCUCCUGAAAGUAAUGAAGAUGAAGAGGACGAAGAAGAUGAAGAAGAAGACGAAUCUAGCAGUGAGAGCAGUGAAGAAAGUGAAACUGCAGAAUCGACAGAUCAGGUGUUUGAAAAUCGACCAAACACAUCAGACCAAACCGCAAUACUGCCAUCUUCUCUUGAUUCCAAGAAUACUGAGGUCAAGAAACAAACAGCACUGUCCAUCGAUUCCGAUGAUCAAGAAGAAGAAAGUGAGAGAACUUCUGAAGAUGAAGAGGAAGAAGAAUCCGAAGAAUUCAAGUCUAAAACUCAUUCGAAUGAUACUAUAUUAACGAAUCCAAAAUCAUCCUCUAAUUUAUGUGAUACAAGUGUAACGAACGGGCACAGAAGUCGUAAAAGGUCAGAUGACACGGACACAACCGAUAGCAGUUCUGCGAGUUCCUCUACAAAUUAUCAUAGCCUAAGUCGUAACACAACACCUCUCGUGUCACCGAAUUCAACAGAAGAUCGGCUGUCAUCGGAAGGCAGUGGAAACGAUUCCAAUACCAGUCGAUUUCGACGGCGUCCUUUCUUAGCAAGAAGUAAGAGUUCGCAUGAAAUAGGACUGGGUUAUGAUUCCAACUUAGGUUUAGAUGACGAGGAAGAGGAGAAACCUCCAGUUUCUCCUCCCACAUAUCGGACUCGAUCUGAACGAAUGUCCGAGGACAAUUCUAGGACGAGGUCUUCUUUGAUCGACACACCUAACAGCAGUAACAGCUGUUGGGCAAAUUAUUUAAAGAAUAAAUAUGGCAGCAAUGCGGCAGGUCGCGUUGUGCCCCGAAGUCGUAGUUCGCAUUCCCUGUAUCAGAGGAGUGAUAGUGAGACAUCUGAUGACGAAGUACCCUCUGGUCGAGAUCCAGUAUUGUCUAGUAGUUCCUAUGGCUUCUCAAAUCCUAGGAGUACGUAUCUGCAGAAGCGUCGAAUGAUGCUGAAGAUAGGAUCGAGGGGUACAGAACCUGGCAACUUCACAUGGCCUCGAGGAGUUGCAGUAGGCCCCGAUAACUCGAUAGUCGUAGCUGACAGUAGUAAUCAUCGAAUACAAGUGUUUGAUUCCAUCGGUAAAUUCUUAUUCGAGUUUGGGGCUUAUGGUAGUGGCGAAGGGGACUUCGACUGCCUGGCGGGGGUCUCAGUGAACCGGAUCGGUCAGUUUAUCGUCUCGGACCGCUACAACCACCGCGUCCAACUGUUCGAUCCGACGGGCCGCUUUCUCCGGGCUUUCGGGUGCGAAGGCCGGACAGAUGGUCGAUUCAACUACCCGUGGGGUAUAGCCACCGACAGCUUGGGCUUCAUCUAUGUCUGUGAUAAAGAGAAUCACCGAAUACAGGUGUUCCAAUCAGAUGGCACCUUCGUAGGCAAGUUCGGUGGCAUGGGCAGUCGUCCAGGCCAACUCGAGCACCCUCAUUAUAUCGCUGUCACCAACACGAAUCGGGUCGUGGUCACAGAUACCAACAAUCACCGGGUCCAGAUCUUCGAUGUCAAUGGCCGGAGCUUGACCACCUUUGGAUCCGAGGGGUCAGAGGAAGGCCAGUUCAAAUUCCCGAGAGGCAUCGCCGUCGAUGACCAAGGGUUCAUCAUUGUCGGUGACAGUGGCAACAACCGGAUCCAAAUAUUCCAGCCAGAUGGCACGUUUCUGCGAUGCUUCGGUACUUGGGGCGCAGGAGAUGGCGAAUUCAAAGGACUAGAAGGUCUUGCCGUCACCAGCGGAGGAAGUAUCAUUGUCUGUGACAGGGAAAAUCAUCGCAUACAAGUCUUUUGAGACUGAUUUCUGACCUGUCAUCACUGAUUAUCCCAUCUCCUGGUGCCACCUGUCAGAAAGACCGCACAUCAAGGGCGACAUUCUCAAGUCUUCAAAGAAUCGUGCUUUCUUGUCCUUUCUUCUUCCUUUUCCAAAGCAAUGUAAUUAAUAUUUAUGUAUUAUUUUGGUAUUCGCUGUGUGUACAAAGUGCUCGAGUUAUUCUGGACGAAGAACCCCUAUUUAUAUUUUGAGGUAAUCAUGGCUGUGUUCCACAAACAGACUUUCCUUUGAUUUACCUCAAAAUCUGGUUCCUGUGUUAUUAAUAUUUUCCUUCUUUGCCUCGGGUGUGAUUUGAAGGAAGACGCUUGAGGGUAUAAGUGUAAGUGAAAUAAGACCGGAGUAAACGGAACUGUAUAUUAUAUAUACAGUUUCCUGUUAACAUCGUGUCUUCUAGCCUGUCCUAUUGGUGGAAAAAAUGCUUUUUUAGUAUCCACUGCACUGUAGAUGUGCCUAAUAUGUGCAUUUCGUGCAGCAGAUGUAUGAAGUGUAUGAACUCAUGCAGGCCUGUAAACAGAAAUUCAUUGUUUAUUUAGUUGAUGAUCUCCAAACUGUGACAAGCCAUACGCGAUAUGUAGAACGUGUCAGGAACUUCCUUAUACAGUGGUGCCUCAUUAUAUUAUACAUCAUUAAUCGGUUCAAGAUCCUUCAGCGUUCGAAUUUGAAAUGAAAGUAAACAUUAACUCGUUGCAUUUUAAGAAAGAACAGUACUUCUGCAAUUAAUUUACAUAAUGAUAUUUUAAUAAUAUUUUUAAAUUCUGGUGUUCGUAAUUUUACAUUAAUUUAAUGAAAUUCUAAAUUUAAGAUUCUAUAAUAAUCAUUACUUUUAAAUUUUAAAAAGUUCUUCUUAAUUAGAAAGCAAUAUAAUUUAAAAGUAAAAAUCUUCUAAGUUACCUCCUCAAGCUAUAAAUUAAAAAUAAAUAAAUGAAUAAUCGAAGGAAGAAUAAUACUUCUGCAAUUAAUUUACAUGAUACUAUCAUACUGUUAGAUAUAGUUGAUAAUUAUAAGUAUUUUCUGAAUUAACAUUAAACUUUACAAGAUCAGAAAAAAAAAUAUGCAAUUAGUUAAAAAAUAUUGCAUUUAUUUAAAUAAGCUUUUUUUAAACCUAAAGACGAAUUUAUUCUGAAAACGACCUAUCUAAAAUUAAAAAAAAAAAAAAAAAAAAAAAGUUAUGGCUUGUUUUUGAGCUAGUUUGGAUGUCAUUGUUAUAGGAUGUACACCUUUUAUACGUCCUUAUCG